CAUGGUUAAGAAUGAUCAUUGAAAUUGAAGAUGAAGCAGAAGAAUUGUAUAAAAGAUCAUCUGAAAUAGAAGUGAGCAAGAUCAAGACUCAGAAUCAUAGGACGCUUAGAGAGAGUAUGAAUCGGACUAGGAUGAGUUAUAGAUUGAAUGCUGGGUUUGUUGAGUUUACUAGAAAGGUUUUGCUUGAUGAAGUUUAUGUGGAUGGGAUUAAGAAAUCGGGAAUUGGGUUUUGAUUUGGAUUUUGGGUUUUUGGAGGUGAUGGAGUUGAAUGGGUUUGGAAUGGAUUUCUUUUUUUUCUUGGUGGUUUUGAGGAUUUGGUUUUCUUUAUUAUUGAUUGGUUUAUAUGAUUUUUGAUUGAAAAGUUGAAUUUAUUGAAUCUUUAGGUAUGACUGAUAUGUGGAAUGGAUUUAAAGAAAUGGAAUUUGUAAUAUAUUAUAUAUAUAUAUGAUUUUUUUCCUCUUCCUGUUACAAUUACAAUCAUGAAGUCGUGAUCCC